CCAAGAGGAUACAAUAUCAGGAAAGAGAAUAUAUAUUUUGAUGAAUAAUAUAUAAACAAUCCCUUUUCGAUAAAACUAUAUGAUACGAGCGUUCGCCAGUUGCACAGAGCCAUGGCUUCUUUAAGGAAUCUUUUAUUUAUAUUUUCACUAUUCGCCGAAGUCUUUUUUCGCUUAUCUUUGGCACAACAUAGAAGCAGAUUUCUAAAACCGUGUUUCGAAGAAGAUAAAGAGAGAGAAUUGGAGUUCUGUUCGGAACCUAACGCUGAUUGCUAUUUAACUGAGCCGAUGAAGAAAUCUCCCUCCGAUUUUCUACUCGUACGAAUUGAUGGACACAAGAAAGGUCACGUGCAAGAGGUUGAUCUAGAUGAAGAAAGAAACUACACUCUUAUCACAAAAGCCAUGAAGCCAUUGAUGUUUGAGAUUCCGAACUUUUUAUCACACAAAGAGUGCGACCACAUCGUAGAACUGGCCAAGAAAAAUGGCCUGCAUACCAGUAUCGCCGGAUUCAACCAUACUGUCUAUGAAGGAAAUCUAGACGAAGAACUAGCAACUGUUACGACUGAAAUUCCACCAGAAAAGUUUGAAUAUGCCAUGGACUUUUUCUUGUGGGACAGAAACGGAGAUGGAGUCAUCGACACAGAAGAGAUAAAAUAUUUCAUUGGAAGGAACAAGCUGUUAUUUCUGGACGAAGAAGAGCUCAAUAAAAUGUUUGAGAAAUUAGAUUUUGAUGGCUACAAGGAUGACCUUGAAUUGAUUUUGUUUUACUACAGAGUUAUAAAACUAACAAAGUUACCAAGAAAGCUCAUUCAAGGAGGCGAAGCUCUUCAGGUGGUUCGUUACGGUCCCUCGGGACAUUACCACGUCCAUUAUGACUCCAUGCCCGUACAUGAUGGCAAAAAAGCAGAGCUACCAUGCUGUCAUCAAAGAACAAAGGAACAGCGUAAUGCUGAAUGUCGGCUGUGUCGUUUCAUCACCAUACUGUAUUACCUUAACGAUGUUGAGGAAGGUGGAGAAACAGCCUUCAUUGUAGCAGAUAAUGCCACCUUUACUCGUGAUGUCUUAACAACGCCAAGCUCAACACGACCAAGAGAUGAUUUCAACUUGAGUCUGAACUGUCACAAGGCUAAUCUAGUGGUUGCACCCAAGAAAGGUCACGCUAUCAUGUGGUACAAUCACUUUAUCGAUGAAGACACUGGUUUACUGGGAGAAGUAGACGAGUACUCGCUUCAUGGAGGAUGUGACGUCAUCAAGGGCGAGAAAUGGAUCGCAAAUAAUUGGUUGACAGCACCCCCAUCAGGACGGGAUCAUAUUCCAAGUGUUUAUGAUAUUGGUUUUGACUAAAAAGAUAAAAUAGAUUCAAAUAUAAAAGAGAAAAUUUAAUUUCACGUGACGCCACAGCGGCCGUGUUGGUUUACCAAAACAAUACGUUUUGUAUCCUCUGCAGUGGGAAUUGAACGCUAUUUUUAUCAAAACAAUGCAGACAUUUUCUAUUGUUUGGUACACCAAUAUGGCUGCCUUCUCACGUGAGUGAAAACGUUAGAGAUUUUUAAUACUCCGCCUCCGAAUACCCUGUUGCUGAGGGCUAGAAUGUAUCCAGUAGUUUCAACAAGGUUCUGAGAAUUUUAAUGUGCAUGCUUGUACUGACAAAGUUAUUCACUAUUUACUUGUUACUUGCCUGUUGUUAUAUCUGCAUAUUUUGAAGUUAAAAUGAGGCUAACCCUGAGUAAAUGACUCUGUCAUCAAAGAUCACAGCGGUAAAAUAAGCAACUUAUAUCAAGUUAAGAACAUUAUUGUAUAACUUAAUUACCCAUAAACGAUAAAGCGCAUCGGACGUCCAACAAGUAUAUAGUUCGACGAUUUAUAUUCGGCAAAAAUAUGCAACAACAGCUGAACACUAAAAACUGCAUGUCCCAAUAAGCGUUUAUUGCUGUUAAGUAUUAUAUAAGCUUCUAUAGAAUUAUGUCUGUUACGUUUUGUACAAAUUCGAAGAAAGGCCCAAAUGCGUCUAGAGAUUUUAUAGCGAGCAGCAAUAAAAAAAGUCAUUCUUUAUA